AUGGUGCUCGCAAAGUCGAAGAAGAGCGUGGGGCUGGGCAACAGCCUCAUGAACGACCGCUUCGGGAAGGGCAAGGGUGCUGAUAUGCGCAAAGGCAACUUCCAGGGCGGUAUUGAGCGGACGGGCCAGAAUGGUGAGAAGUACAUUACGAACGAAAAGAAAGAGGCAGCGUGGGUCAAGAUGCGCUCUGUGACGGAACAAAACGACCUUGACGAGUUCCUCUCCACUGCCGAACUCGCGGGCACCGAUUUCACGGCCGAGAAGAUGAACAACGUUAAGAUCAUUCAUCGUGACCAGAAGAACCCAUAUCUGCUAUCUGCAGCCGAAGAGCGCGCCGCUGUGCGGAAACACCGGGAGAACAAGGAACGGUUGAGCGUACCACGGAGACCUCAAUGGGACGAGAAGACAACCCCGCAGCAAUUAGAUACCAGGGAGCGCGAGUCUCUGCUGCAGUGGCGAAGAGGGCUGGCCGAGCUGCAGGAACAUAAUGAUCUGCUCAUGACGCCGUUUGAGCGAAAUCUGGAAGUGUGGAGGCAGUUGUGGCGCGUUAUCGAGAGGUCCGACCUUGUCGUCCAAAUCGUGGAUGCGCGAAACCCGCUGUUGUUCCGAAGCGAGGAUUUGGAGACUUAUGUGAAAGAGGUGGAUCCGAAGAAGAACAACUUGCUCUUGGUAAACAAGGCAGAUAUGAUGACUUUGGACCAGCGGCGAGCUUGGGCAGACUACUUCGUGGAGAAGGGCAUCAACUACAAGUUCUUCUCUGCUGAGUUGGCCAAGGAGAUGAACGAAGCUAGACAUGGAAUUGAAGAAGGCGACGAGGAAGACGACGAUUCUGAUGACUACCUAGACGAGGAUGAGGUUGAGGAAGUCGAUGUCGAAGGUGAUGAUCUUGCAAAGCAAGCUAGAAAGAUUGAGAUCCAAGACAAAGAAGAAGAAAAGGAAGACUGGGUUGAUGAGGAGACUGUCCCAGGUCCCUCUGGUGGUGUUAUUUUGUCAGACGAAGAAGAGCGGAUACGAAUCCUGACCACAGACGAACUCGAAGCUCUGUUCCUCGAACAUGCCCCAGAUGUCGAUACAGGCCCGAACGGCGAACACCGCAAGACGCAGAUCGGCCUCGUCGGUUAUCCCAACGUCGGAAAGUCAUCUACCAUCAACGCCCUUAUCGGCGCAAAGAAGGUCUCAGUCUCUGCAACACCUGGUAAAACGAAGCAUUUCCAGACCAUUCACCUUAGCGACCAAGUCAUCCUCUGCGAUUGCCCCGGUUUGGUCUUCCCUAACUUUGCGACCACGAAGGGUGAGCUUGUCUGCGCAGGUGUCCUCCCUAUCGAUCAACUGCGCGAAUACACAGGUCCCGGUGGUCUCAUCGCACAGCGCAUCCCAAAAUCGUUUCUUGAAGCUAUCUAUGGAAUGAAGAUCGAAGUGCGACCAAUCGAGGAAGGCGGCACCGGUACCCCGACAUCGGAAGAGGUGCUUCGUGCCUAUGCUAUCGCAAGAGGUUUCCAGACUCAAGGUUUGGGGCAGCCGGAUGAGUCGCGAGCAGCACGCUAUAUCCUCAAGGACUACGUCAAGGGCAAGCUACUGUUCUGCCACCCUCCACCUACAGAACCACCGAUUGAUGCUAAACAAUUCAACCGCGAACUCUAUGAUAUCAACCACCUCCCCGCGAAACGCCGCCACCACCUUGCUUCCGUAGCCGCAUCCUCCUCCGUUGCUGGUACGGAAGAUGCUUCCGUCAUGGACGAUGAUCUUGACGUCGACUCGACUCCACUCACGGGUGAGAAAGGCUCACGACUAGACAAGAAAUUCUUCGGUCCAGGGCAGGGAAGUGGACAUGUGUCGAGACCGUUUCACUAUCAGUAUAGCGAGCAAGGCAAACAGCUGAGUGGAAGGAAAUUGAAGGCUGUGACGGCGAUGGAGAAGGAUGUAGAUCCUAGUGAGCUGCAGAUGAGUAGUAAGAAGCAUUUCAAGGGGAACAAGCGGAGGGCGAAGAAGGUCAGAGAGGAGUACGAGUAG